UGACGACGCCUGGCCUUACCUGUGGAUCACGCAACAGCAGCCAAUAAUGGAUGGGACUAAAAACGUCGACAGUGUCACUGACAAUGGUGGCACAAGCUGCCUGCCGCUGUGGUCCCGCAGCAGCAUUGAUCGCACAAGGCCCAGCGGAAGCUUCGUAGGCAUGGUUCAAGCGUCACCCAACAUAAAAGGGCAUACAGACAAUCCUGAAAAUGGAAGCACCGGUUUCCCACUGCCAGUCUACAGCAGCAGCAGUGCCGGCGGCGAUGACGCAGUGGCCAGCACAAGCCGCGCGGGCAUGGUGGAAGAAUCGGGUGCACUGGGAAAAGAAGCUAGUUGCAGGAAUGCUACUGGAACCAGAGGAAGAGAACUGCAAGAGUUGUGUGGUGCCUCUGGAAAUGUUCCCAGCGAAAGGAAUGCCUUACACGGGUAUCCCAUUGAACACACGGGCGACACAGCCAAUAUUUACAAAGCGUCUGAUGAAUCAUCUGCGAAGCAGUCGAACUUUGCAGAACAUUGCCGCAAGCGUUCUAGGGAAGACCACAAAUGCGAAAGCUGUGGUAAACUGUUCCCUUGGGGUUCCCUUCUAGUUCGACAUUACCGCACGCACACCGACGAGAGACCGUACAGCUGCGAGAUAUGUGAUAAAUCAUUUCGUCGUUCUGAUCACCUAGAUGUGCAUAAGCGCAUGCAUACAGACGAGAGACCCUACAAAUGUGAAAUAUGCGAUACAUCAUUUUCGGACCCAUCGACUUUUUGUAGACACCAGCUCACUCACACUGACGAGAGACCCCAUGUCUGCCACAAAUGUACUAAAGCAUUCAAAAUCAAACAAGCUCUCAAACGUCAUCUCAACUUGCAUUGUAGAUACCGAGCUUUCGUUUGCGAUGCAUGUAAUCUAUUCUUUAUGGAUAAAUCAGGUCUCAGUCAUCACCGUCAAAGCAUGCACAGGGAUAAAAGCACCGUAUGAGUGUACGCAUUGUGGAUUUCGUUUCGCUGAGAAAGAAACGCUCGAUGAGCAUCUGUGUCUGUGUAAUAAGUGCUAGUUAUGUGGAAAUUCUUAUGAAGAAGAUCAACUGAUCACACACCUCGUUACGCAUAGGGGUGAGCAGCCGCAAUAUUCUGACAAGUUCGCAAGUUAGGUAAAUCGCCCGCGGCAUUCGCAUAAUAACGCGACUGUGAGACUGUGCAGAGAAACAACGCUAACAUUCUUUCAUAGGCGUGAGCAAUUACCUGAACACAUCAUGCGCAGAGACCGGCUUCUUUUGACAUUAGAAACGGCUGAGUAAAACGCUGCUUUCUUAAAAAUUAAGAGAGAAGAAGUCGUCGCCAGAAUUUUCUCAUUCUUCAGUCUCGAAGUAUAGUAAAGGUCCUGGUCAGCGCGCACUGUUUGGAGAACUAAGUUCUUCGCGAUCAUAGAUUUAGGAAACUGAUUUCAAGACAAACUUUGAUGGGCUACGAGUGCAUGUUUUGUGCAACUAGAAACUUGAAAUGUCCGUAGAUGAUUGUUGACAGCUCGUUUAAAUAGAGUAGUGCUUUGUGGAACUGUCUUUUGCAGUGUAAUAGAAAACUUUUAAUUAACCAUCAUAUUGGUGUUUCUGUUUGAAUAAAAGAAAACACGCAUCAUUAGGAACCAUUUAAAAAGUAGGGACGGUUUUUUAUUAACUAAAAAGCAAUAUCUGCCAUCAUUUUCGGUUCUUCAGCCAGGUUGCCUUCGACGGACAAUACUUUUAGGGGCUUUUACAAAAGCAUAGCCACACUGUAUGAAUAGGAACAUUUAUUUCUUGUAACGUUUUUUCAAUGCUUUGAAUAUUUUGGGUCUCUUUGGCGUUUGCAUGCUUACCGAAAUAUUCAUUACACCAUUCAUUACCGAAUUGUUCGUUAUAAACUGAGCUGAUGACAGCAGUCAGACUUUUAAAUUCAAAUGAUUUGAGCUUCCUUAUACGAUAUGCAUUCCAUGUACAAAAUGUUUCGUUAUUGUUUUAUCCUGGUAGAACCUGUGUCAGUUUUAAGGGGCAGUUUUUAAUCACUUGGAAGUCGCAUGUUUUGACUCGGCCUGCUCUCUAGUUAAAGCUGUGAAAUCUUAGUCUGAUAUGACAAACGCCUCCGUGCGACCAAUGACAUGUCAAGUAAGAUGCAGUUCCUAUGCUUAUUAACACGCGUACUUGUGUAUCUGUUUACAUUGAACCCGUUUAAACCACUAACAAAUCUUAAGUUACUGCUCAGUGCAUGACGAGCCUUCAUGUAUAAGAACACUCUCGAACUUUCUUGUCGAUCAUUUUUGAUGACCUUUUGUAAUGACGUUGUGCGCGCGACACCAAUAGAGAUGUGCAUCGUUAGAGGCGCGUGAGCACCAGCGAUGACGGUGCAAUCUUCGAUGAAUCACGUGGGAAUAGCCGACGCUGAUUAGGCACAAACCACUUUUUCGACGAUCGGCGCAUAUGCCCGGCACUAGCCUUCUGCCCGAGUAUUACCUGUUUUGUUAGUUCCGUUACACCAA